CAUUUCCGGUAACAGCCAAGUGGACGGUUGGAAAUUUAAACAGAUCCAUUCACCCUCACCCUCUCCAUCUCGUAUGAUAACUCAACCGCUAAGCCCUCGACUUACUCGAAAGUUAUGACCCUAAUCCAUGCGUCAAUGUCUUCUGCCUCACUUGGUGAUCCAUUUCGUCCCCACCCCGUGCAACCGAAAUGUCUGCCUCUGGGAUUACUUUUACGACACGUCUGUUGGGCUAACCUUGUAGUGGCUUUCGAUCUGUCGAGCCCAAUAUGCCCAACUAUCUCUGAUGCCCCCCUCCCAGAAUUUGCUCGGACCUCCCAUCUCUUCCAGUCCGAGGCAAGCAAAUUUAAGCACAUCUCUUCCGCACUCCUUUUGGGUGAAUUCUGCCUUUGGUGAGGCUGACGAUUGACUUUCGAUACGGCCGAAUUCCAGAAGACCAUGCAUUAAGCGCGACGUGGAGGGCUGAACAAACAAUGGAGGACCUCAACCUGUCAAGCAGCAGCAUCCCUGUUGAUGAGGAUUAUGGUGUCUUCGAAUACCUGGAAGACGAAGAGGCCAGUUCCGCCUACUCGGUCGCCUCGUCAGUCUACAAUUUCCGAGUCGAAAAUGGUCGUCGGUAUCACGACUACAAAGACGGACAUCCCUUCCCUUACGACGAAGUCUCGGAGGAAAAUGAGCAGGUCUUGCAUGCGAUGAUUCUGGUCCUCUUCGACAACAAAUACUUCGUGUCUCCCAUCGACGAAUCUGCCUUACACUGUAUCGUCGACGUGGGUACUGGAAAGGGCCUCUGGGCUGAAGGGGUUGCUGAAAGGUAUCCGGAGGCCCAGGUUGUGGGCAUCGACACGGUUCAGCACGAACGCUCACUCCAACCCAACUGUUCCUUCAUUCUUCAGGACGCCACCGAUGAGUGGGUCCUGGAUGACCCUUCGAUGAAGUUCGAUCUGGUCCAUAUCAGAAAUUUGUUUGUUGGGGUAAGAGAUUGGGAUGCGUUAUACGCUCAGUGUUUUGAGAAAAUGAACUCUGGUGGAUGGAUCGAACAACUUGAAAUAGAGAUCGACGCGCAGGUCGACGACGAAUCUGCGCUCCCGGACAGUCAGAUCAUGAAGCUAUGCAAGUUUGUUGACGACAUGACGGCUGCCACUGGAAGAGAUUUCCGUGCUUCCUCCAAGAUGAAGACGGCGAUUGAGGAAGCUGGUUUUGUCGACGUCCAGGAGCAAAAGGUCAAGCUUCCCUUGGGCCCUUGGGCUUCUGAUCCGAAAUUCAAAGAUAUCGGGAGGUUCUUCGAACGAUUCUAUAAAACGGGCCUCCAGGGCUGGCUCCUCCAAAUUUGCAUCCGAUUCUUUGGGUGGACACUGAAACAGGUAAACGACGCAUGCGUUCAAGCAUUCCAAGAGAUCAACUCCCGCCAGCAACACAUGUAUUUCACACUAGUUAUUGUUAUCGGCCGAAAGCCUUGAAGCAUCGCCUCUUUUGUCCUUCCUCAUUUUGACACCCUCAAAAGGUCAGACCACCUUCCUGUAUCUCGAACCACAGCCCAUCCGACCAUCGUGGUGGAACCGGCCUCCCGGUCGAUCCUGGGGCAAGAGCAUGGAGCACGAGAUCAAGAAGACUACUUAUGUCACGCAAAACAUCAGACCCCAUCGCCUCUGUCCAGGAUGUAAAGAGGCGGAUAUACUUGUCGAGAGAAAAUUCCGUGGCACUACUCAAAACCCUCUCUUUCUUUCCGAACACAAGUCCUCCUCUUGCGUCGUGGCGUCCCUGGUAAUGGACAUAGGAAGGAAACGAUUACGGGUCACGAGUCACGACUUUUACGACAUAACAAAGGUAGACGUUUGGGUGUAUCAUGCAAAAGAUUUUGUUCGGGUUUCUUGGUUGAACAUUCUCGCAUAUCGCUCCGGCCCUGAUGCGUUUUACUAUUCAUGACAUGACAGCAAAGAACCUAAAUAUCACAAUAUACGCCUGGACUUUGGACAAAAUAAUG